AGCUGUAUGAUAUUCGCCUUUGAUACAUACAAAGUCGAACGACGAAUAGAUCGAGUUUGAGACGAUUUGUUUUAUUCAGCAAACUUUUGUGUUCCGUAGAAAAACAAUUUCCAGAAGUAUAUAAUUGUUGACAUUGUUAUAGCGUGCUCAACGCGCGCGCGAGAACUCUGUCGGUUUUUUCGUCAACGCACUUGUGGCUGAUGGACGACUCCAAGUACAACGAUUUUUCGCUAUCUAGCACGAUGGAUAGCAUAGUGAAGCAGGAACCUGUCCAGGAGAUGAAUUCGGCGUCGGCAUCUGUGCCGAUACCAGGAGGACACAGAAGUACGCGAACAUAUGAACAGUUCUCACCGUCCCCUCUAGCGAUAUCCUCAGGAUGGGAUAUGAGAGCCGACCAAAUGGACUAUACUUAUAAAAUGGACCCAGAUCAGAUGGAUAUCUCAUUUAAAAUGGAUGAGGACGACAUAUUUCAGGUGGACAAAGCUGAACUUAUUCAAGGUCCAACUCUGGCUGAAUUGAACGCCAAUGACGAUACCUUGCUGGGAGAUUUAAAUUUUGAUGAUUUAUUAUUACCAGAAGAAAGAGUACAACCGAUAAAAAUGGAAUAUGCUGCUCCGUUAACUGGCUCUCUGUUUAAUAGUAGCAUAGGAUUUGCACCCAGUAGUUUUCCUCAAUCUGGAGUAACUCACCGUAGUUGUCCCACAUAUACAAAUACAUGUGGCUUUAAUUUAAAUAGAGGUUCAAAUAUUGUGGAUAAUGCUGAAGCUGUUAGUCCUAGUCCAGGCACUAGUAACGUUGCAGGUAGUUCAACAGCAAGCUCAUCAACUUCACCACAUCCUGUAACUCGGCCCAUUGGCUCAUCUACUUUACACGAGCUACUUAUGAAAAGAGGUGAAAAUCCAUUUAAUCCAGUAUCUAAUCAGGCUGAUAAUAUCUCUACGAUAGGUGGUAAACCUAAAAUUUCGAGACUGUCUAUGUCUGCACCAACGCAGACAAUGGGACAUUUGGAUCAUAUCUGGGCCCACAGGGAACCACGGCAACAUCUCUUGAGUACCGGUAGCUUGGUUGAGGCAGGAUCGACGAGUAGUCUGAGUACUGGAGGUGCUCUUAGUCCAGAUCCACUAUGUAUUGAUCCUCUUAGCCAUGAUGAAGGUUAUGAAGACAGUGAUGAUGAUAGUGAUCACUAUGAUGACUACAGCAGUGAUAAUGAUACAGGUGGAAGCGACGGCGAGGAACAAAGUAAUAACAGAGUAGGAACAGGAACUACAGAAUUGGGAAAGGAAAGGCAUAGUAAGAAAGAAAGAUUCUUCUGGCAAUAUAACGUUCAAGCUAAGGGACCAAAAGGACAGCGAUUAAUUGCGCGAGCGCGUUUAGAAGAUCCACAUGUCUUGAACGAAGCAACUGAUCCAGUAUUUAGUCCUCAUUGUGCUCUUAGAGGAAUUAAACAUAGUGGAAAGGCACGAAAAGGCGAUGGAAAUGAUCUUACACCGAACCCUCGCAAGCUCCAUAACAUCGGACGAGAAUUAAAUAAAUUAAAUCGCAUUAUAAAUGAUAUGACACCUGUUGCAGAAUUACCUUUUCCGGCAAGACCGAAAACGCGUAAAGAAAAAAAUAAAUUAGCUUCACGAGCAUGCCGUUUAAAGAAAAAGGCUCAACAUGAAGCAAAUAAGAUAAAGCUGCAUGGACUUGAAGCAGAACACAGACGUCUUAUACAAGGUAUAUCACAAGCUAAACAUACACUUGCUGCUAAAUUAACUGAAUCCAAUCCUGACACUCAAGAAGAGCUUACACGACAAAUGGAAAAAUGUUGCAAGCUAGCUACCAAAAUGCGAAUAGCAAAUCAUUCAACAGAUUUUGUGAACAAAGUGUUGGAGAAUAUUAAAGAAGGUAUUCCUGAUGGUGGCAUUGAUAAUUUUUAAUACUAUAGCGAAUCGUUUUCCUAUAAAUGAUGUCUACGCGUGUAUAUAUAUCUUUAGAAAAAUAUGCUAUGACUAUACACACAUGUAGGGUAAUAUUGCUUUUUAUCUUUAAAGUUGCUGUUAAAUGCUUGAGAAAGCAG